GUUCUUAGACCGAGCAUUUCUCCAACUUGGGAGAGAACAUCCUUUCUCUUAGGAAGUAAAAGUUAUUAAUAAAAAGAAAAAAUAAUUAAUAUGAAAAUUAAAAGUUAAAACAAUCAAAUGCAGCAAUAUACUUACUAACAGGAGUGGAUUGAGGAGAAGUGAGCCUGUGGAGUGUUUUCUUCUGAUUUCAUCUGGAUCUGCGAGAGAUGACGGUCUUUCAUUUCUUCAAUUGCGCGAUUCUCACCUUCGGCCCCCACGCCGUCUACUAUUCUGCCACGCCCUUAUCUGAGUAUGAUACACUCGGCACCUCUAUCAAAGCCGCUGUUGUUUAUCUUGCAACGGCAUUAGUGAAGCUUAUUUGUCUAGCUACUUUUCUCAAGGUAUCAGAGAGCGAUAGCUUUGAUCCGUAUCAGGAGUUUUUGAAGGCGUUAAUAGGUUUUAUAGAUGUUGCUGGGCUUUAUUUUGCCUUGACCCAGUUGACUCACAGGAACAUCUCUCAGAAUCAUAAAUUUCAAGCAGUUGGACUUGGCUGGGCAUUUGCUGACUCUGUGCUGCAUCGGUUGGCUCCACUUUGGGUUGGUGCCAGAGGAUUAGAAUUUACUUGGGAUUACAUUCUUCAGGGCCUUGAGGCUAAUGCAAAUUUGGUGUUGAGCAUAUCCCUUGCUGCACUUGGAUCUUUGAUGUGGCUUCGAAAAAAUAAACCCAAGACCCUCAUCCCUAUUAUAUAUUUGAGUGCAGGGAUUGUAGCAACCAUGCCAUCUAUCACAAGCUAUCUGAGGCGUGGAUUGGGGUGGCACUUUCCCAAAGUGGUCGGUUUUGAGCUCUUCACAUCCCUGGUGAUGGCUUUUAUAAGCUGGCAACUGUUUUCUGUAUGUCAGAGACCUUCAGUGUGAGAAAGCUCAUUACAUACUGAUCGAAUCCUGCUUAACUAUUUUCUGGCUAGAGUUUUGAUCCAGGGUCAUCUGCUUUUUUGGCAGCUGCAAUGCUGUUUCUUUAAAUUCCAUAAAUGUUUUUAUCAAUUUUAGUUUCUUUUUCUUACCAGUUUGAUUUAAUUAAUUUAACACGCUUUCUUGCGGUAGAAUGUUGGCUGCAAUUCAUUAGAAAUUUGGUUUAUUCAGAAAAUUAGAGACAUCGUUAACCCCAUACAUCUGGGAUUGAUAGGUUGCAAACACUUUCUCUUUUUUGAAACCCCGUUGGAUAUCUCGUUAAUCCAUGUCCCUUCCAUUAUUAACCCAAUCA